GUUGAAUCACACACACUGACAAAACCGCCAUCUUCUUCUUCUUCCGUACCGCAGUCUCUACUUCCAAAAAAUCUCUCCGGUGAGCUCACGUCCAACAAAUUCUCUCCGCGUGUCCUUUCCUCGAGAAAUUCCCCACUAUACCCUUCCAAAAUCCCUCGGAAUUCAUCGCCGACGUCUACUCACACUCAUUCUCUGUCUACGUCCCAUAAUGUGCGGAUGGCCGCCCUCUACAGGCAAUCCGGCACCGGCGGAAACAGAAACGGAAACGUGGCCCCCGAUUAUGUAUCCGUCGGAAUCCACGGCGGCACGCGCCACUUACACCACCGACGAUUGAAACCUCCGCCAGCUUAUAGGAUCUCGAUUGGGCUCUUCGCUUUGACGAUCUCUCUCGUUCUCUCGAUCUCCGCCCUCUUCUAUCACAUUUUGCAGAGUAAUGCAGUGGAAAUAAGCAUACACCAAGCACAAGAUGAUGAUAUCAGCACGGAUGCAGACUUUCUCAAGAAUGUGACGCGAACCGAAGCAUCUAAGUACCAUAAGUUGGGCAACGGAUCAUUUUCCCGUGGCAGGGAUUCUCGUGAUAGGGGCAAAGAUGCUAAAAUGAGAGAUGAAAAUGAGGCAUUGAGGCAAACCAGGGAUGGUUCUGUUGAAAACAUUCGUUCUAUCAUGAAAAACAUAAAGAGGAAGUCUUUAUUUAAUGGUUCUCAUAGAGGAUUAUAUAAGGAGGGCGAGCAUAAUGAAUUGAUAAUGUUUGAAGCUAAAUAUAAGGCUUCGUUGAAGAAUGUCAAAGGCUCCAAAGAUGUGGUCGGUGAUGACCAGCUAUCUGAUGAAAAACCGCUUGUGGGUGCUGAUGAAUAUGAUGACGGUUUGGACUUACGUGCUGAUGUAGUUGAGGAACUAGGUGAUGCUGGGCAUGAUGGCACAGACCGUGCUACAUCUACUAUUUUACCCCAUAGCAUUGACACAUGGGAUUCUUCCCAUUUGGAUCUGGUUGAAGAUGAGAAGCAAGAUGUCGUGGAAGAGGCUGAUAAAGAUUCUAGUGAUUUGAAUAGUGAGGAAACUCUUCCGCAUCCACAGAAUGCUAGUGAUCAAUUUAAUUCUAAACGGACAAGGCCUGCUGAAGGCCAACCUGUCCGUAGGCUGAUUCCUGAAAAGCGACGCUCAGAUUCCAAAAAGAAGCCCAAAAAUCGGAAACCUCCAAGUGCUUGCCAAAUGGAAAUUAUGAAUUCCACUGCACUGCUUGUCGAGCCUCCGGAAAGUAAAAAAUUUGGAAGAUUUUCCCUGCAAUAUACAGAAAGGGAAGAGAAGCCAAUUAGCAAGGAGAACUGGGAACCUAGAUAUGCUGGACAUCAGACACUCAGAGAAAGGGAGGAGUCUUUUAUUGCUCGAGAUCAGGAAAUAAAAUGUGGUUUUGUUAACGGCCCUAAUGGGUCGUCAAUAACAGGAUUUAACUUGGAUGAAGAUGAUGCAAAAUAUAUCAACAGCUGUAGUAUUGCAGUCAGUUCUUGCAUCUUUGGAAAUUCUGAUCGCCUGAGAUCACCAAUGGGAAAAACGGUCUCACGUUUGUCCAAGAAAAAUGUUUGCUUUGUCAUGUUCGUGGACGAAGUAACUCUGAAUACUCUUUCAUCUGAAGGACAUACGCCAGACACCACAGGCUUCAUUGGGUUGUGGAAGAUCGUGGUGGUGAAGGAUCUUCCUUACUCCGAUAUGAGAAGAGUAGGGAAGAUACCGAAAUUAUUACCACACCGUCUCUUCCCUUCUGCCAGGUACUCGAUUUGGUUGGACAGCAAGCUUCGUCUCCAGCUUGAUCCGUUACUGAUUCUGGAAUACUUCCUCUGGAGAAAAGGCUACGAAUACGCUAUCUCCAAUCACUAUGAUCGCCAUUGUUUGUGGGAAGAGGUUGCACAGAACAAGAAGCUUAACAAGUACAACCACAGUGUCAUAGACGAACAGUUUGUGUUUUACCAAUCUGACGGGAUGCGAAGAUUCAAUGAAUCCGACCCUGACAAGCUUCUCCCAAGCAAUGUACCUGAAGGGUCUUUCAUCGUGAGGGCUCAUACUCCAAUGUCAAACUUGUUUUCUUGUCUAUGGUUCAACGAGGUGGACAGGUUCACGCCCCGUGACCAGCUGAGUUUCGCCUAUACAUACCACAAGUUGAGAAGGAUGAAUCCCGGGAAGCCAUUUUAUCUCAAUAUGUUCAAGGACUGCGAGAGGCGAAAGAUUGCCAAAUUGUACCGUCACAGGUCCGAGGAGAAGAGGGCUAGUAGCUCCCACGUCGAUCUAUAGGUAUCUUUUCUUCUCUUGACAUUCGCUGUGCAUCACCGGAGUCAUCGGAGCUGGUUCUAUAGUACAAUGCAAAUUAUUCUGCCUCCUUUGUAUGUUGGCUUUGAUUAUGUCUCCUAAGAUCACUUGAAAAAUAUACCAAAUCCAUACAAAUUUUGAGUCCAAAAUCUCAAUUUUUAUUAUCUAUCAUAUUACUAUUCAUUAUAUAAAAUCUUAGAUGAAGCAAUA